UUUAAAAAAGAUUGGAUGCAAAAUGUUGUUCAAAAUAUUUGGCCUUUUCUUUAUAAUAAAUACAUUAUUUUCUUUAUCUGAGGCAAUUCACCUAUCCGAACAUAAUGAAACGAAUUUAUUUGUUUCAAUUAGUUCCCAAUUAUCGAAGCUGAGGACGGAGCUGGAACAUCAGGGAAACUUUAUGGAUGGACUUGUUAAGGCGAUGGAUCUUGCACUUCUCAAGGCGGAGCAGGACAGACAGGGGAAGUUGAUAGAUGAACUUGUUAAGGAUCGCCAAGGAAAGUUAAUAGAUGGAUUAGUUAAGGCGACAGACAUUCAGUUUAUUAGGGAGGAGCUGGAACAACUGAAAAAAGAUACAGCUGUUAAAGAUUCGGAUAUGAAAUCCCUUAGAGCAGAGCUAGAACGACAAAAUAAUGAUCUACUUAAGAAAGAAUUGGAUUUUCAGUCGCUUAGAACUGAAAUUCAAUCACUCAGAGUGGAGCUAGAAGAUCAGAAGAAAGGAGGCAUUGAUAAGGAAUCAGAUAAAUACAAUUUAAGCCCUAUACCACGCAUUUGUUCCGAGGCCAAGACAAGUGGGAUCUACAACAUACUUCUCUCAAAUAUAAACAGUCAACCAUUUAAAGUUGCCUGCGAUGCGGAAACUCGGGGAGGGGGAUGGACUAUCAUCUUGAGAAGAAUGGACGGGACUGUGGAGUUCAAUCGCAACUGGACUGAAUACCAAAAGGGAUUUGGGGAAGUGAGUGGAGAAUUCUUUUUGGGGUUAGACAAAAUCCAUGAGUUGACGGCGGAGAGAAAACAAGAGUUGCUUGUGAUUCUCGAGGACUUCGAAGGAGUUGAGAAAUUUGAGACAUACGAUGAAUUUGCAAUUGGCGACGAGAAUCAGCAAUAUAUCUUACACACUUUGGGUGUAGCCAAUGGAACUGCUGGAGAUUCCUUUUCAAAACAUAUGGGCAAGAAGUUCAGCACAUUUGAUCGGGAUAAUGAUCUCCACCCAGAGGUACACUGUGCCAACUUACUCACUGGCGGAUGGUGGUACCACGAUGGCUGUCACUGGAGCAAGUUGACGGGAAUUUACAAGGACUACAUAUGGCAAAGGCAUCAAUUGGUACGAUUUUCAUGGUUUUAGUUAUUCCCUUAAGAGAGCGGUUAUGAUGAUACGGCCAAAAAAGUGAAUACUGAACAUUCACUACAUGGAAAACUAUUCCAUUCUUUAAUUU